AUUUUCUCACACAUUUGGCGCACAACAAAAUCCUCCUGUCCUUUUUCUUCCCAACUCCUACUCAUAGUAUGUAAAAUUUGUCAUUUCUCACAAAAUUAUCAAAGAAUUUGACGGUGGCUUCCAGUAAUCGGCGAUGUCUUCGGUGACGGAGCAUUUGCUUAGCGGCGGUGAUAAGCGGUUGUACAACAAUCAAAUGCCGCCGUUAACGGCGGCGAGGACGACAUUGCUCCGUCAAGGCUCCGACGUCACGUCGAUGAACACUCCAAUGUUCGAAGAACUUCCAAAGGCGACGAUAUUGUCUGUUUCAAGGCCUGAUGUUAGCGAUAUUACUAACCUGCUUCUUUCGUACACCUACACCAUUGAAGUCCACUACAAGCAGUUCAAGUGGAUGUUACAAAAGAAAGCGACACAAGUUCUCUCCUUGCACAUUUCUUUGAAGAAACGCGCAAUCUUUGAGGAAUUCCAUGAGAAGCAAGAGCAGGUGAAAGAAUGGCUUCAUAACCUAGGAAUGUUAGAUCAUGCAGCAGUGAUGCAUGAUGACGAUGAUUUCGAUGAUGAUGUUGUUCGCCUUCACCAGGAUGGUAGUUCACGUUAUCACAACAUUCCAUCUAGAGCUGCUUUUCCCAUCAUUAGUCCAUCAGUUGGAAGACAAGAGUUGGUUGCAGACAAAGCAAAGGAUGCAAUGCAAGGGUAUUUGAAUCAUUUUUUAGGCAACCUGGAAAUUGUAAACUCUCGGCAGGUGUGCAAGUUUUUAGAGGUCUCCAAGCUAUCAUUUCUACAAGAGUAUGGCCCAAAGUUGAAAGAGGAUUAUGUGUUGGUGAAUCAUCUUGCGAGAAUGCCGAGGAAAAAAGGCGCCAGACAAUGUUUUCCUUGUCGGUUGUUUGGUUGUUGCAGAUGGCAAAAGGUGUGGGCUGUGCUAAAACCUGGCUUCUUGGCCUUCCUAGAAGAUCCUCUCGAUAUGAAGCUAUUGGACAUAAUCAUUUUUGAUUCAUUACCAUCCUCAAGUAAUGAAAAAGUAUAUCUGGCUCAUGAGAUUAAGAGCCGCAAGCCUCUACGUUGUUCAUUUAAGAUCUCAUGUGGCAACUGGAACCUAAGGCUGAGAACUUCCAGCAGUAGCAAAGUCAAAGACUGGGUAGCUGCAAUUAAUGAUGCUGUUCAAAAGCCACCUGAAGGUUGGUGUCAUCCUCAUCGUUUUGGUUCUUUUGCACCCCAAAGGAAGUGUGAGGAUGGGAGUGAGGCUCAAUGGUUCAUAGAUGGGGAAUCAGGGUUUGAUGCUAUUGCUACAGCCAUUGAGAAUGCCAAAGCUGAGAUAUUUAUUACUGGUUGGUGGCUUUGUCCAGAGCUAUAUCUGAGGCGUCCUUAUUCAAGUCAUGAGACUUCCCGUCUAGACAUCUUACUUGAAUCAAAGGCGAAGGAAGGGGUUCAGAUCUAUAUUCUUCUUUACAAGGAGGUUUCUAUAGCUCUAAAAAUUAACAGUCUUUAUAGUAAAAGAAGACUUCUCAACAUUCAUGAGAACGUGAGAGUGUUGCGCUAUCCUGACCAUUUAGCAACUGGAAUCUAUUACUGGUCACACCAUGAAAAGAUUGUUGUUGUUGAUAACCAAAUAUGCUUUAUUGGAGGCCUGGAUUUGUGCUUUGGUCGUUAUGACACGGUUAAUCACACAGUGGGUGAUCUUCCUUCCCAAAUCUGGCCAGGAAAAGACUAUUACAACCCCAGAGAGUCAGAACCAAAUUCUUGGGAAGACAUGAUGAAAGACGAAUUGGACCGCCAAAGAUAUCCUCGUAUGCCAUGGCAUGAUGUGCAUUGUGCUCUUUGGGGACCACCUUGUCGUGAUGUUGCAAGGCAUUUCGUUCAGCGGUGGAAUUAUGCUAAGAAAAGUAAAGCUCCAUAUCAACGAACAAUACCUCUACUCAUUCCCCGUCAUCACAUGGUCCUUCCACACUAUUUAAGAAGUACAGAGAUUGACAUCCCGAAUAACAAGGAGCAACAAAGUAAAAACAUUAACAUACAGGAUCUCUUUUCCCCCGAAUCUCCAGAACUGGAUGUUCCACUGCUUCUGCCACGAGAUUCAGAAGCAUUAGAUGUAUCAAGAUACAAUACUUCUGUUCAAAACAAUCAGAGUAGUUUUGAUUGGACAGAAAAAGAACAUGGAAGUUCAUCUUUCCAGGAUGCUAAAGUUGAAUCUCUACCCCAACAUACACAAAUCGACGGGUUAGUUGAUCAAGCUCAACCUGAAAACAUGUCCGAUCAAAGGCUACCUUCACAAACUGGUCCCCGUACUUCAUGUCAUUGUCAGAUUAUUCGAAGCGUCAGCCAGUGGUCUGCUGGAACAGGCCAAGAUGAAGACAGUAUUCACAAAGCUUACUGUUCCCUAGUUGAGCAGGCGGAGCACUUUAUUUAUAUCGAGAAUCAAUUUUUCAUAUCAGGCCUUGAAGCCGAUGACAUUAUACAGAAUCGAGUCAUGGAGGCGCUAUAUAGGCGUAUACUUCUAGCACACAAACAGCAAAAAUGCUUCAGAGUUAUUAUAGUCAUACCAUUGCUACCUGGAUUUCAGGGUGGUAUGGAUGAUGCUGGUGCAGCUACUGUGAGAGCCCUGAUGCAUUGGCAAUACCGAACCAUUUGUAGAGGAGAAAACUCAAUACUCUGUAAACUCAGGGCUGAACUUGGUCCAAAGACAGAUGAUUACAUUUCAUUUUAUGGCCUUAGAACAUAUGGCAGCCUUUAUGAAGGUGGACCUCUCGUCACCAGCCAGGUAUAUGUACAUAGCAAGCUGAUGAUAAUUGAUGACCGUAUUUCUUUGGUUGGGUCAUCCAACAUAAAUGACAGGAGCUUGCUUGGAUCAAGAGACUCUGAGCUUGGAGUAGUUAUUGAGGAUAAAGAUUUUAUGGAGUCAUCUAUGAAUGGACAAUCUUGGAUGGCUGGGAAAUUUAGCUCAAGUCUGCGGCUUUCCCUAUGGGCUGAGCAUCUUGGCCUUUCUGCCGGAGAGAUGAAUCAGAUCCAAGAUCCUGUGGCUGACAGGACAUACAAACAUUUAUGGAUGGAAACUGCUGAGGCGAAUGCCAGAAUAUAUGACGCCGUCUUUGGAUGCACGCCUAAUGAUCGUAUACACUCCAAGAAUGCUUUUAGACAAGAAAUGUCACAAUUGACUGAGAGUAUUGGGUAUACAACCAUAGAUUUGGGUGUAGCACCUCGAGUGGUGAAGUUGAAUGAAGAUGGGCUGCCUAAGACAUCAAAGCCUCUAGAGAUGUUAAAAUCGGUCAAAGGUAACAUCGUUUCCUUUCCCUUGGAGUUCAUGAAGGACGAAGAUUUGAGACCUAUGUUCCACGAAGGCGAGUUUUAUACGUCUCCUGAAGUAUUUCACUAGAAUGCUCUUUCUUUUUUUAUGGUAAAGCAUAGAUAUAUUGGUUAGUUUUGAGUUGUGAUACGGUUCAGUUGUGGAUAGAUUAUAGUCAUUAUAAUCAGGAUUCAUUGUGUAGGAAUUCCAGGAGCGGAGAGUAGAAAACUCAAUUUUUUUGUACAAAAAUUCUCUAUUUACUUUGUUUAUAUUUGUAUAGCUUAAGUAUCCUUUGUAUAGGAUAUAGGAAAGAUUUCAGAUGUCUAUGGUUUCAGCAAAUGUAAAUAGCCACGAUUCGUUCUUGUUACGGUGUAUAAUUAAUUGUAAUAACCAACAA